AGGGAACUUAUGGCAGUCUGCAAUGUACUUUGCACGAUACAAAAAAAAAGAAAAAGAUUUUGUAUUGUAUUGCAUUGUAACCUUGAAGAUAGAAGCUGUGGCCACAUUCAAUUUCAAACGGAAAAAAUGUGUAAUUGAUAACUAAAUUUUGUGAGUGUGGUUGUUGAUGCCAGGAUCGAAUGCCUCACAAGUCAUAUAUUAGGAUUGUGUUUUGGAACACGGCACUUUUUUAAGCAUACUAUUUGCCUCCGGCACCAGUUCGAUUUGGUUUGUUACCUAGUUCUUGUACUAGUUUGUCAUCGACGUUGUAAUCUUUUUUGAUUCUUUUCCCAACUGCGUCCCCUACGUGCUCUUGUUUUUCUCAUUCUUCCAUGCAAGUUCAUUGAUUUGUUUUCUCAUUCUUCCAAGUCAUUAGUCAUUUCUUAGACAAAAAUAUUGACGAUGUCUGUGAAUCCCUUGACUGAGAUCUCAAGUGUGCGCGCGUUUGGUGGAACGCUGACGCGAUACAGCCACACCUCCGUUGUUCUCGGCGAUCUAACUAUGAAGUUUGCCGUAUUCACACCGGACUCCGUAGGUGCGGAAGGGAAGCAAAUAUUAAGGCUUACUGUAAUAGUGUUAGUCAUUUAAUUAAGUAUUUUCAUCUUGAGAUGAAGCAUCUCGAUCUCCUUGCCUUUUUGUAUAUAUUUGUAAGGGGAAUAAGACAGAAACGCGCGCCCAAAGUAAGACGCUCUUCGAAUCAAAUCUCCUGCUUUCGAUAUUGACGCAUUAGUACUAGUUUUGUAGUUUCUAGGACCAUGAUGUGGAACUUUUUUUGAAUUUGAUGAAGGUGCGUUUAGAAUUAUGGUGAAGACGAGCUCUAAAUAAAACGCCAACUCUGUUUUACCUUUCGGGCCUCACUUGCACAGACGAAAAUGUGAGUCAGAAAGGCUGCAUUGCAUUCAAGUACGCGUCAGAAUUUGGCAUUGCCAUGGUCAUGCCAGAUACGAGUCCACGAGGACAUUCUGAAAUCCCUACUGUUAUGGUGGUCAGCUUUUAUCCAUCUUUCUCGGCAUCUUGGUCCCCUUUUGCCUUGUAUUCUCAUGAAAUACAAGGGGAAAGGGGUCGAGAUAAGGGGACCAAGAUGGGCCGAAGCUGACUCUAAUACUGAGAACGAUAGCUACGACUUUGGUACUGGCGCCGGUUUCUACCUGAACGCAACGAAAGAGCCGUGGAGCAAGCACUACAACAUGUACUAAGAAGUGCAACUGAUUUUGUAAGCGGGUGACGAGUACCAGUUGUAAUUAUGCUUAUUUUUUUAGUAUCAUUCUAACGAGAGCCAGGCUCUCCUCCAAAAAAAUACUUCGCGCCAAUAAUGUAGCUCAAUCCAAUUUUUUGAACUUUUUUGUACUCUUUGGAACUAAACUGCAGUAGAGGCACUAGUUGUGGAAAUGUAAAGAUGCGGCACACACAUGACAUCACCCACAAUUGCGUCCCCUCGCUCUAGACAACACCCCUCGAAGGAGUAAAUGAGUGAAUGAAUGACGAAUAUGAAUCCAGGUAUGACUAUGUGGCGAGUGAGCUUCCAGGCGUUAUGGCAGCGGCGUUUCCAUGGUAUACAUCGGACAAGAUUUCGAUCACUGGCCAUUCGAUGGGAGGACACGGCGCUAUGACGAUUGGACUGAAAAACCCAGAAAAGUGCUUACCCUAGCUAGUUACUAUCAAGCGCAGAAAUAUUCAGCGCAGAGAAGUACAUAACUAAGCCAAGAAAAGUAACUAAACCCAGAAAAGUAUGUAACUCUAAACCCAGAAAAUCACAACUGACCAGAUAAUGAUGAUGAUUCAAAAUGGGUUUCAAACAAACUGUAACUGAUCAUAAAAUAGGUACAAGUCGAUUUCUGCGUUCUGUCCGAUCGUGAAUCCGUGUCAAACUGCGUGGGGUCAAAAGGCGUUCGGAGGUUACCUCAACGACGCGGCAGCUGAUUAUGAUUCAUUUGAAGACUCAUUCUCAUCUUCUAGCUACUUUUUUUAAUUAGGACGGAGUUUCUCAGCCAUCUAUGAUAGAUUCAUUGCCGAUCUUUUUAUUAACGCAAAGCAAAAUUAUACCUUCUAUAUCCCUGGAGCAGUGUCGUGUACAAUGAUUCAUUCAUUCACUCAUAUCUUUGAGAGCGCCUCCUGUAAGCCAAACAUCAAUAUCUCUCCUGACGAGAGAGCCUCUAAUAUGAAGGGCCUGCGUAUGACACGUGUGAGCUUAUAAAGAGCGGCAAAAAGCAUCCGAAGCCGAUCUUGGUAGACCAAGGUGACGCGGAUGAUUUUUAUACUGGCGAAACCAAGCAGCUACAGCCGGAGGCGCUAGUUGAUUAAGGCGGCUCAAUAUAUUUCAUUUCAUCGACAACAAGGCAUUUCUUUUUCUCCGUAAAUUAUUUCCUUCUUAGGAUUCAUCUUGGGAGAAAUGAAGGGAAGAAAUGAAAUUAUAGAAACAUUUUCUUGAGCUCGUCUAAGGUGAAGUCUGCAAGUCUGCGGGACAACCGCUGGAGUAUGCCUUGCGCAAGGGCUUUGAUCAUAGCUAUUGGUUCGUUUCCUCUCACCUGGAAAAUCACAUUCGAUUCCAUGCGAAGCACCUGGCGUAGCUGCGUCUUUUGUGAGGACGACAAUGAUGGAUGAGCUGCCAGAGCUUCUCGAGGGACUGUGCUUGUUCGGCCACUGGAACGACGAGACCUGCUCUUGGUGUAGAUAUUUGUCUACGAUAAAAUACAGUGAACAUGAGUAUGCUAUUGUCGCACCUCGCUCCCACACCAGAGACCACUUACGCUUGUCGGAAGUGGGAUAUGCGAAGACCAGUUGUACUUCUGCGCCACCAUGAAGUAUACUGUGUAUGACACUGUUCUUAUGAAUAAUUUGUUCAAGUUCAUCCCUAACCCUUUUGAAAUUCAUUUGCCAUGACGAAGUUGGGCACACCUUCUGUUCUAGGGUUGGAGAAAGUGCUCCUGUUGUACGUUGUGUUCACUAUGGAUGCUGGUUGCCACCUGGACUAACAGUUU